UUCUGUAACCACACAUGGCAUAGAACACUCGAAAAACAUGAAUCAUUUGCUUGUACUUGUAUGUUUGCAUAUGUCAAUAUGUUUUUCAGAUCCCAUCUUUAAACUGGAAGGUGACAUUCGUCUAGUAAAUGGCCCUAAUUCAUGCUCUGGAAGAGUGGAAGUCUACCACAAUAAUGAGUGGGGCACAGUGUGUGAUGACAACUGGGGAAUGCAGGAAGCUGCAGUUGUAUGUAAAUAUUUGGGAUGUGGAACUGCUGUUUCAGCACCAGGAAGUGCAUACUAUGGAGCAGGAACUGGGCCAAUAAUGCUGGAUGAUGUGAACUGCAGAGGAUCUGAGUCUUCUGUGAAACAAUGCCCAUCCAGGGGAUGGAAAGUACACAACUGUGGUCAUAGUGAAGAUGCAGGAGUUCAGUGUACAGGCUUGAUUUACCCCUUCACACAAUUUUCUAAAUCCCCUUCAUCAAAGAUAUUUUUGAAGUUGUCUAAUCUGCAGAAAACCAGACUACAUGACCAUGUUACUACUGGCAACAAUAACUUAAAGAAAGAGGAUAUAAAUCUUACAUCUUUCUUUUCAUAA